UUUGAUUUUAUUUCCAUUUCUUAAGUUUUCAUAUGUCUUUAAACUUAACCUUUUCUGUUUCACCUUGCAACUUCAUUGAAAAAAUUCAGGAAAUCGUUGCUAAGUGUUAGGACUUUUGUGGGAAGAGUUAAACUAUCGACUACCGAUGGAAAACAAAAGACCCAGGAAUGAGUCUUGAGUAACAGCGAGUAGAAUGCUGCCUCAAUUUCAUGCUACAAUUUCAAAAUGGCAGGUCAGUGCGAUAGCAACACCGAACUAGGGUUUGUCGAGAAAGUCGAUUGGUUCAAACUUAAAAGCAUAUUCUUCCCAAGUAAAGUUGGAGGCAAACCUGCAUGGCUUUCGCAAAACACAAUUCCAUCUUUAGAAAACUUGACUUGUUGUAAAUGCGGGAAACUCAUGUUGUUUCUGCUACAGGUGUACGCACCACGUGAGGAGAAAGAGGAGUGUUUUCACAGGACAAUUUAUGUAUUCAUUUGUCGAAAUGGCGAUUGUUAUUCAAAGAAUUCGAAUGUUUCUUUCAAGUCUUUUCGCUGCCAGCUUCCACGAAAGAAUGAUUUUUUUAGCUACGAACCAUUGGCAAACGACCUUGAAAGUCACCGGGUGAUAGAAUUGGAGGAAGAGCUUAGAAAGAAAUGGGGACCAUUAUGCCAUGUAUGUGGAUAUCGAGGCGAUAAAAGAUGCGCUGCUUGCAAAAUUGCAACUUACUGUAGCAAAGAGCAUCAAGUCAAUCACUGGAAAAAUGGGCAUAAACUUAAAUGUUCAGUCCAGAAGUCAAAUGAAUCAGAUGUCACACCGGAUUUACCGACGAAACUCUUACUGCCCGAAUAUGAAAUUGUCACCGAGCCUGAAGUUCGCGACGAAGAUGAUGACUGCCAAACCCCAUUAGAAGAACCAAAUACAAAUGCCUAUAAAGAUAACAAGAACGAACAACUAGCAGAAGAAGCAUUUGCUGAAGUCAGUGACAAGCAAUUUGAAAAAUUCAAAAAGGAUAUAAGCAAAGAUCCAGACCAGGUUUUACGUUACCAGUAUGGUGGUGAUCCUCUAUGGGUGGCCAGUGAGCAUCAAGCAAAAUCGUCUGAUAUCCCAAAAUGCUCGUGUGGAGCGUCAAGAGUCUUUGAAUUUCAGGUUCUGCCGCAAUUAUUAAAUCAUCUAGAUGUUGAUUCUUUGUGUGGCGGUAUUGAUUUUGGCACAUUGGUAAUUUUUACGUGUUCUGAUAAUUGCACACUGAGUACAAGUUAUGCCCAAGAGUUCGUAUGGAAACAAGACUUUUCAGAUACUCAUAUAAAAUUCAAGUAAAACAUGAUCCAAUGGGUUCUUAUUCAUACAUGUCUCCUAAGACAAGAGUCAAAAGGCGGAAUGCAGAGUCUGCCCCAUCUUCUGUGGACUCAGUUUGAAUCAUCAGACUCGGUAAGUUGUAUGAUAAUAAACAUUUCCGAGAAUAACUCUCUUAGUAAUAUUACAUUGAUUAAAUCCUGUUUUGGUAACAACAGUUAUAUUUUAACUACUAAAAUCUUUUUCGAAUAAAUUUUUAUUAAACAUAUAGCUAUGGUAUUUUGAAGAAGUUAAGAACUGUCUUUAAGUAAAGCAGUUGAGUUGAAAUGUUCAGUAAAGCAACUGUAUCGUGAAUUCUUGACAUGGAUGUUUAUCUCGAAUUCACUUCGCCACGUGAUGAAAAUUAAUGACGUGUCAUAAUAUUUGAAAGUUAAUGUCGAAGAAUAAAAUUGUACCAUGUAAGGAGCAUCAGCCUCUAAUUGAACUGAGUUGCUCUUAUGCUCUUUUUAGUAAGAGUUUAGGAAAAAAUUAGAAGUAAACGUAGUCAAAUUAUAAUGUAGAAUUAUCAAAUCUUCACUUUGUUAUUGCUACUGUCCCUUUAAGAAGAUACUCCCGUAAUUUUUUAUUUUCUACUUGCUAUUUCUGAAUUACAGUUGCUAUUGGUAAAAAUGCUACUUGUCCUAUAUUGAUGCUUCUUAAAAUUAAAACUCUUCAGCUUGAAAAAAUCCUAUUGCUGUGAAUGCAAAAGGAAAAUAUUUGCAGAGUGACAAUACUUUAUAGAAUUUUCCAUGCAAUGUUAUCAUUUUGGUUUUUGAUACGACAUUUGCAUUUACCUUUUCAUCACAAGCUCUUAAUUAGAUGGUUUGCAGACAUCACUUGCCGUCAUUCGUCAUUACCCGCUCAUAUAUUUUAUACAGCAAUCUUCCCUACUGAAUAAUCAAAACUAAGAUCGGAAGCUUGUGUCACUUUUCUCCUUGAAUAACGGAAAAUAAAAACAAUUGAACUUUAAACAAAUUUACAGACAAAAGUGCAACAAGUAUUCCUUGCUGAUGAACACGUGCUGUUGAUAGAUGCCAUCUUCUGCGUUUUUGAAAAAGAUAGGUAGGAGGGCAUUACAAAGAAGAGGCCUAUCUUAUUCCUUUCUCUCCAGCGCUCCCCUCCGUGUCCCUCUUUUUUCCCUCCAAUACUCCUCCCCAACAAUGUUUUGCAAGAUACGCAGAUUCUGAUAUUCACAAAAUCAUUAAGCGCAAGUUUGAUUUUGGAACGAAAUAAUUAUCAAUUAGUGAAAUUUUGUGACAACUUUAAAGCACCAACCACCAUUAAAAGGACCGCAUAGUUUCAACGGGAUAUUUCAUUCGACGGCGCCUGUGCUUCUUAAUUGCCUCAUUUUAAGUUUAUUGAACAAGCAAAGUAUAUUUGGAAUGUCUUUUGUACUUUAUUCUUCAAGAGUGUACAACUAUUUCCUAUAUAUUGAAAGCCAUAAACUUUCAUCUGGUAAAAGAAAAUUAUGAUAUUGUUGCUUUAGUGAGGAGGGUUAUUUCUGAAUGAAGUGAACAAAACAACUGAGUUAUAUUUUUCAUUUCAAAGGAUAACGAUGUGAGUGGCUAGCAAUCUCCAAAAUCAUUGUUAAUCACCAGUUGGGACAGGUUAAUAGAUGUGCUUAAGAACCCGCAAAAUGAAUUUUUUCAAAUGUGAAAAUUAUCAGCAAUUAUUGUAUCGUUGUCCAGUGUUAACUUUUACUAAUGAAACUUUUGCAGUCUCCAGCAGCAAAAAUGUGCUUUUCACCCGAAAACCGCUUACUGCUCUGCACGUAAUAAAGAACAAGAUGGGAUUAAAGGUUUUGCUCAAAGAAAGUGCGUAGUAUUCAGACUAGAUGUAGACCACAUUUCAUCCAAAACGGAGGAUUACAUCUAAUCUUUUUGGACACAUCAUUAUCAUUUUGUUCUCAGGCUAAUUGGCUUGUGCUAAUCUAUGAAAAAGUAAGCAGUGCUCUAAUGUAAACCCUUGUCUGCCAUUAAAAUAAUACAGUCUGUGUGAUCUUUUAUAUUCACAAUUAAUUCUAUAAAUAUUUAACAGCAUAUCUGUGAUCGUAGAGGUAGGAAAGUAGUUCAGUUCACUAGGCAUUUAGGGUAUUGGCAAGUUUACCGUUUUUCACUCUUCAACACGAGUCUCUCUGCACUUGUAGUUACAUCCAACUUUUGUUUGUGAUCGGUCGUCGUUUGUUCAAUACAAGUUUCCUUAUGACAGAUCCAAUUUUGAUUAUAGUUGUCUAGGACCCGGGGCACAUUAGCCAGCUCUGUUUUCCAAACUGAAUCUUCGGCUUUAAUAAUUUUGACAAGGCACAACAUUCUUAAAUGUCUAUGGACAUUACUAAAGGGAUUUAUCGAACCAUAAAUGACAGGGCCCUCUGCAAAGCAAACAGUUUGAAAGCUACACCCAAUAUUUGGCAAAUAGAAGUUAUAUAGAAAAACUUCAUAUCGUAUGCGAAAAAGAUAAGUAGCGUUUUAAGAAUGCAGUCAAUGCUGUGAAGAUGCACAAUGUAUUUGCUAAAUGGAAGAACACAAUGUAAACAACAUCUAUGGAACACAUGUAAGGGACUCGAUAUUAUCGAUAUUAUCGUGUUGUUUCUUUGUUUAACGACAUCUUCCAAGACUGACUCUACUGUGUUUGUUAGAAACGUCUGUAGCAUAACGUCUUGGAUUUGUCUUGUAGUAUAAAGCAUUGACUUUCAUUACGUGCAAUUAACAACUUAUGAGGUUAGGCGAAACAAUUAACAGCACCAGAGGCGAACAGAAGCAUUUAGAUUAGCCUAGGGGUAAUCCACUUUGCCCAAAUUCUCCUUCUUCCUACGUACCGCCAGUUGUUUAAAUAUGUACAGUAUUAGAUAUACGUCAACUGCACAAAUGCAGCUAGAUAGUUUUUUAAAGUAUCAUUUCUGCUUGAUUUUCCAUCAAGAGUUUCCUUUAAAUGUUGUCCGAUUUUUGCACUUCGUCUCAGAGAUGUUGGCGGCAUGACAAAAUAUGUAAUCAGUCAGUUUACCCGUAGGCAGUUCCCUACAUUGAGCUCUUGUUUAGUUGUUGACGUCGAAUUACCAUGAUUUAUAGGUUUUCAUCCUCUGUUGCUAGUUUUCCUACGCCAAACUCUAAUUUUUAUUUUGGCACCUCACAGCUAAUGAGCUAAGAUUACAAUCUGUCUUGUACACUGAAGUUCUUCAAAUGUAUGAAUAACUAUCCACAAAAAUUAUUGAAGUUAAUCUUUUGAAGUAGUUUAUAUUUGACUAUAUUAUAUUAUACAGAAAACAGCCCAGCCAUUGUCUAGUGUUUUCUGUACAAUGCAGUGGCGGAUUUAAGGGGGGACACUAGGAGCAGUUGCCCCUCCCUCGACGAGUUGAAGCAAGUAUGGCGCCCCUUUUUUGGAAAUUGUGCGCCCCUUUAGAAGAAUAAGAAUCAGUUGAAAAAGUUUCUGAGACCAAUAGGUUAAUUUGCUUCAAUGAUUACUUCAAAGUUCUGUUGUUUAUUCCGAAAAUGGAUCUGAAAUUGUUGUAUACAGCGUUCUCUCGUCAUCAAUUUUUGAAAAUUUUUCAGUGCCCCUACUACCAACUGCCCCUCCUUCAAGUUUAUUCUGGAUUCGGUACAAUGCAAUUCCUACAAUAUCGAUUUGAAUGUUUGAAAUUUUCAAGAGCCACACACAUUGCGACAUAGAUUGCACCAAUAACGAUACAAAAUUCAUUUUAGUUGGUUGCAAAGCUGAAACUUUGCCGCAACGUUAAAGAUCUGUUUCGGAUUUCAAAAUGUUGCAAAUGAUAAACUAAUAAAUAGGUCGCGGAAGAAGAAAGCUUUAAUAAGAUAGAUGAUUUGAAGAAUUUGCAACAAGUCUGUAUUGAUAACUUCCCAUUAUUAAGUAACUGUAAACAAUACACUAUGACAGAAUAUGUCGAGUUACGUUUGACAGAAUGGGCAGAAAAGUAAUCCGGAGACCGGAUAUUUUAAAGGAUACAUUAACGAAAUUAAUUGAUUUAACAAACGGGGAUGUACUGGCCAUGCUAAGACUCCUUAAGCGUCCUAAUUAAAGUCAUUUGUAACAAUUAGCCUCGGAAAUCAGUGACAAAGAUGUAGUGUUUCCGUGACACAUUGGCCUAGCUCUGCUGACAAACUUUCGUCAACAAGUUGACCACUAAUUAUCAAAGGCGGCUAACUACAGGGAGCAAACAGCUUUGGAAAUUGUACUCUUCAAAUUGUUCUUUCAUCUUUUUUCAUCAAAGCAGGGAUGUUGAAAAUUAUUGCUACUAAAUGCUACGUUUGGUCUGCUCGAAAUAUAACAAUUUUUUAUGGAAAAACCUAUUUACAAGAAACGAAUGCUUGGCUUAAGAAACUUUUGAUAUUCAGAACUUGGACAAAAAAGAAACUAUUGAAAUUUGGAAAAGGCAACAACUCGGAAACUGUUAGAAUAUUUAGUCCAAAUUCAAAAAUUGUAAAGACAUGCUUUGUUCGUCAUUUGGAAACUUUGUUACGGAUUUCAUUUCGUCACCAUUUUUGCACAGAAAAUUUAACUACUUAGUCUUCUUUGUGUCUCAUCUACACUCAUUUUUUCAUAAGAACCCAAGAUCGAUGUUGAGUACUCUAGAAAUUUCUUAAUUAUGAGUUUCUUAAUUACAAUGUCAUGAAUGAUGUUAUGAAAUGUUCGUGAUCUUUUUUUCAUGUCAAGAGAUUCGCUUUUGUUCUGAUGCUGUAUUUAGAUGUGGAAAGUAUAUUUUUAUCCCUUGUGUCUUAAUUUCUAGGCCAUCAGGGCAAUCAUGUUCUUGGAUUUUACAAAAUUUCGUUGUUCUCAGUUUUAUCACGAUUUAAUAGUUUCUUAAUUUUUUUUCUUCGAGUACUGAAGUUUCUUAAUUUUUUUCUGACUGUCCAGUACUCGUUUCUUAUAGCCAGUUUCUUAUAAGAAAAAUGAGUGUAUAUUCGUAAUGUGAGUAUCAAGUUUGAAGUGUAUGCUUUCGAAUUAAUUCUAGUGAUGCAGCAAUCCUAAGCGCAAUGUUUGAGACAAAACCAAGACACAGGCUUGUUAGCAUGCAUCAAUAAUUCAAAAUCCGAAUUACUUUUCCACUCAUUGUUUGAAGCAUAUGUGUUUAACUAGUGGAUAUACACUCUCUUUUAUAAGAACCAGUAAAUUUAAGUUCAGGCUGACUGUUCUUAAUUUUUUCGAAAAUCUGAGGCUGGAUUGUUCUUAAUUUGUUCUUCAGUUAAGAAGGUGUAAGCAGUGCUAUUGCUAGCUUUUUCGCUUUAAGGAGGUGUUCAGGCCUCAUUUGCCAACAAAGUGAGUGAGACAGCCUUAAUUUCUGACAAAUUUGAAUAUUCACCGAAAAAGCACCCACACAUCGCUAACAAUCCUUGAUUUUGAGAAAAAACGUUGUUCAAAAUUGCAAUUUGCAGAAGCUCAGCCUCAGCUUGUUCUUAAUUUAUUCUUAACUUUUGACCAGUUUUGAUGCUCGUGUCCUUAUAAAAUUGUUCUUAUAAAAAAAAGAGUGUAUGGACUGAGGGAGAAGUGGUACCAGAUCUCAUCAUGGUCUUUUCAAAAUUGUCUGCCCACGGCCGGUAGAAACGCACGGUCCAAAAAUGUUUCAAAACGGGUC